AUGAAGGUGAAAGGCAGAGAUAUCACCUGCUCACUGAUCUCCUUCACCGCCAUCUGCCUGGUGGCCACCCCUGGGAGCAGGGCCUGUCCUCGCCGCUGUGCCUGUUAUGUGUCCACAGAGGUGCACUGCACAUUUCGGUACCUGACCUCCAUCCCAGAUGGCAUCCCGCCCAACGUGGAGCGCAUCAAUUUAGGGUACAACAGCUUGGCCAGAUUGACAGAAAUGGACUUUUCUGGUCUGAACAAAUUGGAGUUCCUCAUGCUGCACAGCAAUGGCAUCCACACCAUCGCUGACAGGGCCUUCUCGGGUCUGCAGGCCUUACAGGUCUUAAAAAUGAGCUAUAACAAAGUCCGAAAACUUCAGAAAGACACUUUUUAUGGCCUCAGGAGUUUGACCCGGUUGCAUAUGGACCACAACAACAUAGAGUUUAUAAAUCCACAGGCUUUUUACGGACUCACCUUGCUCCGCCUGGUGCAUCUGGAAGGAAAUCAGCUCACCAAGCUCCACGCGGACACAUUUGUCUCUUUGCGCUACGUCCAGAUAUUUAAGAUGUCUUUCAUUAAGUACCUGUACUUGUCAGAUAACUUCCUGACCUCCCUCCCUCAAGAGCUGGUCUCCUACAUGCCCACCCUCGAGAGCCUUUAUCUGCAUGGGAACCCGUGGAGCUGUGACUGCCAUAUGAAGUGGCUUUCUGAGUGGAUGCUGGAGAAGCCAGAUGUAAUAAAAUGCAAGAAGGACAGGAGUCCCUCCAGUCCUCAGCAAUGUCCCCUCUGUAUGGGUCCCAGAGUCUCCAGAGGCAAGCUCUUUGCUGCGGUCCCAGUCGCAGCUUUCCUGUGUGCGAAGCCAGUCAUCGACCCGUCACUGAAAUCAAGGCACUUGACUGUUCUGGACGACAGUGCUUCUGCCCACAUCUCCCCUCAGGAUUUUGUGGCCCCUCUUGGCUCCCUCACUUUGAAUAUGACAGACCAAUCUGGAAAUGAAGCUAACAUGGUCUGCAGCAUCCAAAAGCCCCCGAGAGCCCUGCCCAUUGCAUUAGCUGAAGAAAACGACCACAUCACACUCAAUGCACCGUUCUCAACAUUCCUGGUGUGCAAUGUCGACUACAGUCACAUUCAGCCAGUGUGGCAGGUGCUGGCUUUGUACAGUGAUGCCCCUCUGAUGCUAAAAAAGAGCCACUCGCUCCCUGAAACACCACAGCACAGUUACAGGUAUAAACAGGUGGCUGGCAAGCCUGAAGACAUUUUUACCAACAUAGAGGCUGACCUCAGUGCAAAUCCCUCUUGGUUAAUGCAAGACCAACUUUCUUUGCAGCUGAACAGAACUACUACUACACUCAGCACAUUACAAAUCCAGUUCUCAACUGAUGCCCAGAUCACUUCACCAAGGGCAGAGUUGAGGCCAGAGGAACACAAAUGGACCAUGAUUCAGAGGUUUAACGAUACCAAGCUGGAACACACUGUUGUGGCUGGUGGCACCAUCACCCUGGAAUGCCCAGGCCAAGGAGACCCUGCCCCACACUUGGAGUGGCUUCUAGCUGAUGGGAGUAAAGUGAGAGCCCCUUACGUUAGUGGGGACGGACGAAUCCUAGUAGACAGAAGUGGACGGUUGGAGCUCCAGAUGGCUGACAGUUUUGAUACAGGCGUGUACCACUGCAUCAGCACUAAUUACCACGAUGCAGACGUUCUUACCUAUAGGGUAACUGUGGUAGAGCCCCACAGAGAAGCCAGUCAUGAAAAUGGGGCUCAUCGCACAGUUUUUAUUGGGAAGACACUUGACCUGCCAUGCCAUUCUGCUGGCGUCCCAGACGCCUCUAUUAGCUGGGUUCUUCCAGGAAACACUGUGCUCCAUCAGUCUUCAAGAGGCAAGCAAAUUCUUGACAAUGGCACAUUACGAAUAUUGCAGGUUACCCCAGAAGACCAAGGUCAUUAUCACUGUGUAGCAGCCAAUCCCUCAGGGGUCGAUUUUUUGAUAUUUCAAGUAUCAGUUAAGAUGAAAGGUCAAAGGCCAGUGGGGCACAGCAGUGAAACAGAGGGAUCUGGUGCAGACGAGCCUGGUGACCACUUUCGUGAGCCACCUGUGAAACUCCCCACAUCAGCUCCAUUGCAGGUUGAGGUUGGAAAACCAGUGUCAAGUAUCAGCAAGAAGAGCACUCACAGGGAGUUAACCCAGGGGCAGCGCGGGGAGUCCACAAGCCAGCAUUUCAGGAAGCACUGGAGGCAGUUCCUGCCCUCUGCUCGGAGAAUUGACCCCCGACACUGGGCAACACUUUUGGAGAAAGCCAAAAAGAGUGCUAUGCCAGGGAAACAAGAAAAUACCAUGGUUUGGCUACCCUCACCAGCCACCCAAGUUAUGAAAGGACCUGGGGAGGAAAAGGGUGCUUCUGGGAUGCUCUCUCUGGGUGAGGAUGGCAUGGGUCUGCCAACCCAAGCUUCCAGUGUCCCCGCAAGGACAUAUGCUGUUGACUCAAGAGCAGUGUCUCAUACCAUUGUGACAAUCACAACUCCCAGCCCAGCAGUGAACCCAGUUGUGAGUCCAUACACACCACAAGUGGAAAAAGCUAGAUAUUUCAAACUGCCUAAUGCUAUUGAAACUACUGCUACAUCAAAGACCAUAAGCCCAACUCUAUUAAGCAAAAUGCAAGACACAACCAACCAAAAUUCAACUACCAUUUUUCCACCACUCCUUGGAGUAACCGAAUUUCGGAACCCCGACCAGAUGGAGAGAAGAGGGGAGCCUCUCCAGGGUGCGCUCCCAGUCUCAGGGAGAACUGAGGUCAGAGACAUGCAAGUCAAUACGCUUAAUAGUACUGACAGCAGAGCCAAUGCUGUUACUGUCUUACAGUCAGCAAGUGCCACAGGUGGGGGACAGACACCUGUAGCAGGAGUCACAGAAGACAGGAGCGGCCACUUCUACUCUCACAGGACUCAAACACUUCGCACCUCUAGGUUCCGUUCAGACCCACACUCUGCUGAUCACUUUCCAUUUUGGAUUUCUAGAAACAGUACAGCCAAAGUCCCACUGCCCAGGCGCUUUGGGAGAUGGAGGAGAAUUUGGGGCAGAGGGCGAACUGUCCACCCAUACAGAAUGCCAGCUGUCCAGCGGCAUAGAUAUGGCAUCAUGAGGCCAACACUGAAAUCUAUGGAAGAAAGCACUGCUGCAUUUUCAGCUGCAGAGCUGUGUGCAGGGAGCCCAUCCUGCCCUCCCUCGAGGCUGCUCAUCUCCACCUCAGCAGCACUGUCCUUCCCAGGCUCUCCCUGCAGCGCCCUCCCCAGAUCUGACCUUGCCAGGGUCACAACAGAAGAGUCUACAACUCUAGUCCAGAAUCCGCCAUUAUUAUUUGAGGACAAACAAAAUGUAGAUAUUGAGAAAACAACACCCACAAUGACAUACUUCAGUGCGGAGCCUACCCAAGUGGUUCCAGCUGGUGCAAUCAUGACUCACGCCCCAACACCCGUAUCUCUGGGAAAAACUCUCACAUCAAAUAAUGAUUUCCCCAGGGUGGCCAGCACCCAUGAGGCAAAACGAGAUUUGGUGAUUACAUUGCCACUUUCAGGUCCCCUCACCAAGCCAUCGGCACCCACAAGGAUAGCCAGUGUGAGAUUUUCAAGAAGGAAAAUACCCUGGCAUCAGAUCUUUGCAAAUAGCCAUAAGCAAAAAGGGACAUUAAAGAAUGCUUAUGUGUUCAGUUUACCAAGAAGCACGGCCACAAUGCUUCCCCACACAGCUGGUGCUGUCCACACAGAUAAGGACCCCUCCCCUUCCACGGCACCCUCAGCACGUCUGAUGGAAACCCCAUCUGGGACACUGGCUACAACUCACCACAGUCCCACUGAAACACAUGGCCCUACAAGUCUCCCAACCAGAAAGGGGCUGCACUUCCUGCACUUCCCACCCUUCCACCCCCUGCUUCCUACUGCCGCAAGCGGAGAAUCGAGUACAGUAAGCUUCCUAUCAGUGCCAACUGCCACACUGGUAACACCUACUGCCCCUGCAUCUGUCAUCAUCAAUAAAACGCAAACAGCAAGACCCAGAGCACAGAAAGUCCAAAGGAUAAAGGAGACUCAGGUGAGCGGGAAGGACCCACGCACCUCUCCAGGACAGAGUUCUGGCUUCGCUCUGUCUGCCGCUGUGACAGCUCCUGUUCUAACUUCAACCAAGCCUGGGGUCUCUGCUUUCACGCCUCCCCACCCAGAGGACACAAGCAAACUUGUGAGCACCUUUGAUUUCCAUUCAAGAACUACCCCGCUGAUGGCUCCCAUCCAGGCUCUGCCCCCAGAGAGUGCGUGGACUUGGAGGAGCACAGCUGCUUCUGAAACAGCCAUACCCAGCAGAUCCCAGGAGGGCACCACAGCCCCUCCAGUGCCCAUCCCUACCUCCCCCACCUUUCCCCAAAGCCCAGUUCCUGACAACUUAGCGAUGCUGGUUUCCGAACUGACAGAUAAGAUGGUCAAACUACAACAAUUCCCAAGGAGCGAGGCAAAACCAUUGCGGUCUGCAGCCAAGCUUGCAACACCUCCCGAGGUUGACCCUGAUGCUGAGGUCGCAGCUGGACCCACUCCCUCCCCCUACUCCAGAGUGGGACACUCGGCUCCUGGGCCAGCACUGAGAACAGUUGAGUCCCAGGACCCCACGGAGAUGCCUGCUUUACAACCAAAAAACCAUUUUUGGCACAAGUCAUACCCAGAAACUGCCAGAGAGGGCAAAAAACCUGUGGUGGGCAUGCUGCUCCCUCUCAGCUUGCCUGAGUCCCCCUCUCGUGCUUCAAAUUGGGGUGGGCAGAAUGCAAAGAAGAGUGGCUUUGAUAUGAAACUGGUUCAAAAGCCACUGCCCACGCUCUCUCCCUCUGACGCUCUGUCAGGGACUGCACUAGAAAAGCCCAGGAUGGUUGGGGGAAGAGCUGCAAGUUUCACUGUCUCAGCCGAUGCCGAGGCCUUUCUGCCCUGUGAGGCCGUUGGAAACCCGCCACCCUCCAUCCACUGGACCAGAGUCUUCUCAGGACUUGAGCUUUCCAAAAAGACCCAGAGUGGCAGGUUCCGUGUGCUCCCCAACGGCACCUUGUCCAUCCAGAGGGUCAGCAUUCAGGACCGUGGACAGUACCUGUGCUUGGCAUCCAGCCCACUGGGCACAGACCGCCUUCACAUCACCUUGUCUGUGGUGUCCUACCCACCCCAGAUCCUGGACAGACAUACCAAAGAGAUCACCAUUCAUUCUGGAAGCACUGUGGAACUGAGGUGUAGAGCGGAAGGCAGGCCAAGCCCUACAAUUGCCUGGAUUCUCGCGAACCGAACGGUGGUCUUGCCGUCCGAGGAAAAGAGGACGGCCACGGUGACACCUGAGGGAACACUGGUCAUCCACAGUCUGAGCAUCUACGACCGUGGCCUUUACAAAUGCGUGGCCAGCAACUCAGCUGGCCAGGACUCACUGCUGGUUAGAAUACAGGUCAUCGCAGCCCCUCCUGCUAUUCUGGAGUCCAAGAGACAGGUCAUCGCAGGGACGCAGGGUGAAGGUUUGCAGCUUGCCUGCACUGCAAAAGGAACACCUCAGCCCAGUGUGCACUGGGUCCUCCCUGAUGGCACCGAAGUCAAAGCGCCACAGCUUGCUAACUCCAAGUUUCAACUGCAGUCAAAUGGGACUCUGUACAUAAGAGAUGUUGUCACUUCAGACCGAGGCACCUAUGAGUGUAUUGCUACCAGCUCCACGGGCUCAGAGAGAAGGGUGGUGAUUCUCACAGUGGAAAAGCAAGAGACCCUCCCCACAAUCGAAGCCGCCUCCCAGAAGUGGACUGAGGUGAAUUUCGGGGACAAAUUGCUACUGAACUGCUCAGCUACGGGGGAGCCCAAACCCAGAAUAAUCUGGAGGUUACCAUCCAAGGCUGUCAUCGACCAGUGGCACAGAAUGGGCAGUCAAAUCCAUGUCUAUCCAAAUGGAUCCCUGUUUAUUGCAUCAGUCACAGAAAAAGAUGGCGGGGACUACUUGUGUGUGGCAAGAAACAGAAUGGGUGAUGAUUUCACCCUGAUGCAUGUCAGCCUCCAGCUGAAACCCGCCAAGAUUGACCACAAGCAGCAUAUCAGAAAGCAGGUGCUCCACGGGAAGGAAUUCCACGUUGACUGCAAAGCUUCUGGCUCCCCAGUGCCCCAGAUAUCCUGGAGUCUGCCCGAUGGGACAAUGAUAAACGCUAUGCAAGCGGAUGACAGUGGCCGCAGGACCAAGAGGUAUACCCUUUUUGACAAUGGCACCCUGUAUUUCAACAAAGUUGGGAUCGCAGAAGAAGGAGAUUACACCUGCUAUGCCCAGAACACCCUUGGGAAGGAUGAGAUGAAGGUUCACCUCACAGUUGUAACAGCUGCCCCAAGGAUAAGGCAGGGUUACACAACCAACAGAAGAGUCAAUGCUGGAGCCACAGCUGUCCUGGACUGCGAGGUCAUUGGGGAACCCACACCAAGCAUGUUUUGGUUGCUGCCUUCCAGCAACAGGAUUUCAUUUUCCAGAGGCAGGCACACGUUUCAUGCCAACGGGUCUCUGUCCAUCCACAAAGUGAGCCUGCAAGAUUCCGGAGAGUAUGUGUGUGUGGCCCGAAAUCCCAGUGGGGAUGACACCAAGACAUACAGACUGGAAGUGGUCUCCACGCCACCAGUAAUCAAUGGUCUGUACACAAACAGAACUGUGAUUAGAGCCACCGCUGUGAGGCACUCCAAGAAACACUUUGCCUGCAGCGCUGAAGGAACGCCAGCAUCUCAGAUCACAUGGGUCGUGCCGGGCGGUGUUCCCCUUGCAGCUCCAUACUAUGGAAGCAGAAUCACAGUCCAUAAGAAUGGAACCUUGGAGAUCCGGAACGUGAGGCCUUCAGACUCAGCCGACUUUGUCUGUGUCGCUCGGAAUGAGGCUGGCGAGAGUGUGCUGGUGGUGCGGCUGGAGGUACAGGAGAUGCUGCGGAGACCGACGUUCAGGAACCCGUUCAACGAGAAGGUGGUCGCCCAGCUGGGAAAGCCCACCACGCUGACCUGCUCUGUGGAUGGCAAUCCGCCACCAGAAAUGAUCUGGAUUCUACCCAAUGGCACGCGGUUUUCCAACGGACUGCAGAACUCCGAGUAUCUGACAGCAAGCAAUGGGUCUCUUGUCAUUUCCAGAACAACUAGGAGCAGUGCUGGAAAGUACCGGUGUGCAGCUAGAAACCAAGUGGGCUACAUUGAGAAACUGAUCGUUUUAGAAAUCGGGCAGAAGCCAGUCAUCCUUACGCACGCACAAGGGACAGUAAGAUGUAUUAGUGGGGAAUCUCUGGCAUUGCAUUGUGUGUCUGAUGGAAUCCCUAAGCCCCAUGUCCAGUGGGCCACACCCAGUGGUUACAUACUAGAUAGGACUCAAGUUAAUGGAAAAUACACAUUGCACGAAAAUGGCACCUUAGCCAUCAAAGCAGCCACAGCUUACGACAGAGGAAAUUACAUUUGCAAGGCUCAAAACAGUGUUGGCCAUGCAAUGAUCACAGUUCCAGUAAUGAUUGUGGCCUACCCUCCCCGAAUCACAAAGCGCCCACCCAGGAGCAUCUUCACAAGGACAGGAGCGGCCUUUCAGCUCCACUGUAUGGCCCUGGGAGUCCCCAAGCCAGAAGUCACGUGGGAGAGGCCUGACCACUCUCUGCUUUCAAGGGCAAGUAAGGGAAGGGCCCAUGGAAGUGAGCUGCUUCACCCACAAGGGACACUGGUCAUUCAGGAUCCCCAAACCGCAGAUUCUGGGUUAUACAAAUGCACAGCAAAGAACCCACUUGGUAGUGAUUAUGCCACAACUUAUAUCCAAGUCAUCUGA